UUUCGUUCCAUCAGCUGAUAGACAUACGACGUGUGUGAUAACAGCAAAAAGUUGUGAAAUUUAAGUUGUUAGAAAAUAUUUACUGCAUAACUUGGGCAUAUAUUAUCUUAUAAAAUAUAACAAAAUGUUCCAGCUACUUGGAAAAAUUCCCAAGAACGUACUUGCAUCAAAUGUUCUAACAGUCAACCAAAAAGCUCCGACAGUAAGUGCUCCGGUAUAUUUUGCUCUUCCGAACAAUAGAUUUAACUCUACUGAAGCAAAGCCGGCUUUAACAUCUGAGGAUUUUAGAAAGAAGCAAAUACGCUUCAAUAUAAAAGCAGAGCAUGUUGAAGGUAGACCACUCUAUCUUGACGUUCAGGCAACUACUCCACUGGAUCCUCGCGUAUUAGACGCAAUGUUGCCAUAUAUGACGAAUUACUAUGGAAACCCACAUUCUCGUACUCACGCAUAUGGCUGGGAAUCUGAAAAAGCGGUAGAAACUGCAAGAGAACAGGUGGCGAUGUUGAUUGGCGCCGAGCCAAAAGAAAUCAUAUUCACUUCAGGAGCUACAGAAUGUAAUAACAUUUCUAUCAAAGGUGUUGCUAGGUUUUACGCGAGCAAGAAAAAACAUGUUAUUACCACUCAAACAGAGCAUAAAUGCGUGUUAGACUCAUGCCGUGCAUUGGAGAAUGAAGGCUUUAAGGUGACUUAUUUGCCGGUUAAGUCAAAUGGAAUUAUUGAUAUGAAGCAAUUAGAGGAAUCUAUCACUCCGGAAACAUCGUUAGUAUCUAUUAUGACUGUAAACAAUGAAAUUGGAGUAAAACAGCCGAUAGCAGAUAUUGGUGCACUCUGUCGUUCACGAAAAGUGUUUUUUCAUACGGAUGCUGCCCAGGCAGUAGGAAAAAUUCCCAUCGAUGUAAACAAAAUGAAUAUCGAUUUAAUGUCAAUGUCAGGACAUAAAAUAUACGGACCAAAGGGUGUUGGUGCACUUUAUGUGCGUCGUAGGCCACGUGUACGUCUUGAACCAAUUCAAAGUGGAGGUGGGCAAGAACGUGGUCUUCGCAGUGGUACUGUCCCCGCACCUCUGGUGGUAGGAUUUGGUGUUGCUUGCGAUCUUGCUUUGAAAGAAAUGGAUUAUGAUAAAGAAUGGAUAGAUUUUCUAUCAAAACGUUUGUAUGAUCGUAUAACACAGACCCUGACACAUGUAAUCCGCAACGGCGAUCCUGAACAGACUUAUAGCGGUUGCUUAAAUUUGUCUUUUGCCUACGUAGAAGGCGAAUCAUUAUUGAUGGCUUUAAAAGAUGUCGCUCUUUCAAGUGGUUCAGCAUGUACUUCUGCGUCAUUGGAACCUUCCUAUGUGCUUCGUGCCAUAGGUACCGAUGAGGAUCUGGCCCACAGUUCAAUAAGAUUUGGUAUUGGUCGUUUUACAACCAUUGAAGAAGUUGAUUACACUGCUGACAAAUGUAUCAAACAUGUGGAACGCCUACGUGAAAUGUCUCCACUGUGGGAGAUGGUUCAAGAAGGCAUUGAUUUAAAAAACAUUCAGUGGUCACAGCAUUAAUUUGGUUUGCCGCAACUAUUGGGUCGGAGGGACUGUAUUGAAUUGUACCUACAAUUGUUAGUAAGAAACUGUUUUCGUUUUAUAAAAGCUAUGGAAAUUUUCAAUUUUGAGUGUUUAUGAGGAUUUUACAUUGAAAAAGGAUAAGCUUUGCUUAAAGAAUAACGGUCUAUUUUUCGUAAUACUUAGAUAUUAUUAAAGAGCUAUUAGUUAAACGCAUGUCAAAGGUACACGCAAAUAUUAUAUAAUAACAAGCCGUUUAAAUAUACUUUAAUUAAAUUGAAAAACUCCAUAGAAAUAAAUUGAUUUAUUUAAAAACAUUAGUAACAGGUAGAGAGAGAUAGAUAACGUACGAGUAGAAGCUGAAAUUAAAGUGUUGGUGAGUCGAAAUUUACACCGAUCGUGACGACAGUCAUCAAAGUUAGCGUAUCACAGUGAAGCGUUGGCGCAGCUUACGCACACGUACAAAGUUUUUGUGUGAUGUUAAACAAGUGAAUAGCCAGUGAACACCAAGUGUAAACUGACUACGAUUGUUGGCAGGCUAAAUCGAGAUUGAUUUCAAUAGAUUCGGGAGACGGAUGCAAGUUGCCACUUACUAUAUGCCGUGCUGAUCUAAGCUGUGGGUGGAAAAAUAUUAUCUCAUACCAAAAUUAAGAAAUCAGUGUAUAUACUGCCGAAAGUAUCAUAUUGCUAACAUCAAUAAUACUUUUAUCAAAAUUGUCACCGACAAACGGAAAAGGAAAGUGGAGGUAAGUUUGAAGUGUAGAACUGCAUUCACGCGUAUUGGUCAAAAUUGUUUUGAGGUUAUAACAUGAUUUACUGGAAAUCAAUAACCGCAUCGUCGAAGAGAACUUCUUGUCAAAUUUCGUAAUGCGUUAGCUGGUGUGAAAGCGGAAUCUUUGACGUUCGAAUUGCUGACUUUGAUGGCGUGCUAUUUCACAUUUCAAAUGUUAAUGGCGAUAAGACUAAAGUUAGGACAAGCAUUUCGUUGAAGUUCUACAAGCAGUUACAGGAGCAUGGUGCUGACGAAUUGCUGAAGCGUGAAUAUGGCGGUUUAUUAACAGACACUGAAGAUGGCUACAACGUGUCGGUACUUAUUGACCUAGAAAUAUACCUGCUGACUGGGAGGCAGUUGCUAAAAAUAUUGGCCUGUUGAAACGCAAUUGCUUUGCUUCUGUUUUGAAAAAUACUUCGAUUUUCAAGAACAGGGUGAAGAAGGGCCAAAAGCGUGCUGUAAUUAAUUACCGAAACGAUGAAACUCUGUAAAUAUUUAAUUUUGGUUAAUUUAUACAUAGUUAGAAAUUUGAAACGUUUUAAUUCAUUUAGUUAUGUUGGCAAAGUCUGAUCGUGUAACUGUUGUAUUUAGCACGAUUUUCGUGAUGAGGACGACGUGAUUAUUGGCAAAGUAUUUAUGCAGGAAUUGAGAGAAGGUCGCCGAGCAUCACAUACAGCUCCACAAGUAUUGUUCUCACAUCGUGAACCACGUUGGAAUUGGCGAAAACGGAUGCAAGAGUAGGCGACAAUAUUGGAUACGUUACUUUUGUGUUGUUCCCUCGACAUACUAAUAAGGAAACCAGGGAUAACACCAUUAAUCUAAUACACAUGUUCCGAGAUUAUUUACAUUAUCAUAUUAAGUGUUCAAAAGCGUACAUUCAUUCUAGAAUGCGCGCAAAAACGUCCGACUUUCUGAAAGUGCUUAAUCGUGCUAGACCGGAGACUAAAAAUACGGAAAAGAAAACCAUUACGGGGAGAACAUUUAUUCGCAAGGAAUGAUUUACCGAAAAUGUCUAGUUGUUUUAUAUUUAUAUAAUAAUUAUAACUUUAUGAAAAAAGUUGUAUUCAAAGCCGUGAAAUUAAAAAAUUAUAUUAUAAAUGAAUUUUGCGCGAUUUAAAACAUGACAGGGAAUAUAUUCUGUCGGCAUAUACAAAACACAAAAUGCUAAGAUUAUUAAAAACUCUUAAGUUAAAUUAAUCAACUAAAAACACCACAAUACAAGAAAUAAUUCCUCGAGACAUAAUAGGAUUAUUAAUUUGGUAAAAGCCCUAAUGAAAUUAAACUAAAUAUGUACAAUUAAGUUCCAAACCGGCGUAAACGUGUUAUGUAAUGACGCUGUAUAAAAGCGGAAUAAGAAAUAAAUAAUUAAACAAAAAUUAAAUUUGAAAAUACAUACUAGAUAAUGUGAAAUAUGAAAUAACACAGCUUCGUCAGUAUGCAACGCUGUCGAUUAAAGAAUUUGAUAUAGAAUCCAAAACUAAUAAAACAAAUGCAAUAUUGAUAAUCAAAA